AAAACAGACAAAAACGGAGCUGCCUGUGUAAACGCAGCCAGAUACAGAGACCAGUCUGCUCGUGCGCAGAGUUGCUCAUAAAUCCACCGCUCCCAUCUCCGAGUCGCGCCUCGCUUCUCAUCUUGAUCCAAGACCCCGGUCUGGUCUAUUCGCUGACUCAGUGCCUUAAAACAACAUUCUUGCCCGCUAACCACAGCUGCAACACACGCCGCUACGACACAGCUACAGCCAUGGCCAAAACUGCAAUUGCAUACAAAGAGAAGAUGAAGGAGAUUUCUGUGCUUUCCCUCAUCUGCUCGUGCUUCUAUCCAGAGGCACGCAACAAGAUCGUUGUCUGUGAGUUUGAAGACAUGGAGGUGAAGCCAAUCAACAAGCGAGCGUCUGGCCAGGCCUUUGAGGUGAUUUUGAAGCCCCCCUCCCCCGUGUCGGAUGUGGCACACAGCAUCACCUCACCCCCCAAGAGGGAGGUGUCCCUGGAAGAUAUUCAGAAGAAACUAGAGGCGGCUGAGGACCGAAGGAGGUCCCAGGAGGCCCAGCUGAUGAGGGCCCUGGCAGAGAAGAGGGAGCACGAGAGGGACGUGCUGCUCAAGGCCAUGGAGGAGAACAGCAACUUCAGCAAGAUGGCAGAAGAGAAGCUCAACAUGAAGAUGGAGCAGAUCAAGGAGAACCGUGAGGCCCACUUGGCAGCCAUGAUGGAACGCCUGCAGGAGAAGGAGAGGCACGCCGCGCUGGUGCGCAGGAACAAAGAGCUGAGGGAAGAGCUGACAGCGUGAGCCGUGCCCCUCCCCAACAUGUGUCAGCCACCGACCACCCACCCAGUCCAGCCCCACCCCUGGACCCUCCGCAGCAGACACCAAGCCCUGGAGACCUGGAGGGUGGAGGAUCUCACGACCAAACUAUACACACCUCCAUCCGCAACCUCUCCAUACACACCCGCUCACUCUCUCUGUCAGUAUCGUCGGUGGAUAUGAAAAUGGUUCACGCUCCCGGGGGAAAUGUGUUUCUUGAUUUCGAUGCGGGCUGGGGAUGUAUAACAUGAAAACAUGGAUAUUAUUAUGUAAAUACUUUGGUUUUUUUAGAUCUGUCUACCUUGAUCGUUAGGCUGAGAGCAAACAUGUGUAUCAAAAGUAUUGAGCUGUACAAUUUCAAUUUUUUUAUUUUGUUAUCCAAUUUUUUGUUUUUUCUUGAACUUUGAUAUCUGCAACCAUUUUUUUUGUGAAAGGCUUUGGUGUUUCUGUGAAAUUGGUUGUUAGCUGACGUUUGCAGUGUUUUCUGAUGAUGUCAGUCUCAGUGUUUUUGUGAAGAAUGCUAACUUGAUAGAAUAGACUCCAAACAAUGCAUCCCACUAUCACUACACACACCACUCUCUCUCUCUCUCACACACACACACACACACACAUACACACACACACAGACACAGACAUUAUGAACGCACCUUAACAAUCUGCCAAACCCUCAAAUGAGCUGAGGUUGCUAUGACUUGAAAGGUCAUCUUAAGAAUGUGGUCAUCCAGACUGACCCUUGACUAUGGUUUGUGUCCCGAAUGGAACCCUAUUCCCUACAGGCGGUAGUGCACAAUUUAUUUCCCAAAGUAGUGCCCUAAAUAGGGAAUUGUGGGCUAUUUGCGUUUCGCACAGGAUCAUUUCUUGAAUACGUGUGUGUUUGUGUGUGCGUGUGUGUGUGCGUGCAUGUGUCUUUGCAUAUGUGUGUGCGUGUGUGUGUGCGUGUGCACGCAUAACUGUGCGCACUGAAGUGUAAAACCAUCAGCGUUUUCUCUGGUAGUUCCCUAGAUAGAGAAUGGACAUCCCACAUUCAGCCCACUGAAAUGACUCUUCUUGGCUAUACCACAGUAAUAUGCCUGUGUCCUCUACUAGUUGCCUACAGUUACACCUAGUGUGUUCUCCUUCCAUAUAUCUCUGUGCAAGCUUUGCUGAAAAUCAGCGCUUUAGGGUUCUGUCAACAUGGCACGCGCCAUCUCAUAUCUUUUUGUGCUAAAAACAAGGAAACAUGUAAACUGCCAAAUAAAAUUACCAAUUGAGCUCUGUUGACGUGUUAGAAAUCA